CAAAGGCCUGCUCAAGUAAUUUUGAUCCUUCUUCAUUGCUAACGGCCGUUCCUUGAACAACCUUGUGUUUAUUAUGACCUCCCGUUACAACGUGCUGUCAAUAGGGGCUCAUCCCAACCUGGCCUUCUACAACUGGCGGUUGUUUAGCUCCAAAACGUGUGAUCUCACGGUGGUCAGCCCCUCUGCAAAAUCAAAUAAAACCUUCCAGUGGAAUUCUUUGCAGUUUGGCAAUUCCAGGUACUCGCUGUCAACGGUAUACGAGUCUCUCGAUUUGUAUUUAUCCAACACAGACCUCUCCCGAGCCAAGAUCGACUACAUAUUCGUGUCUGCCACGUCAUUGCAGGAUCUGGCUUUGGUGUUUGGCAAACUGGCCAAGGUGGUUGUGGCACAGCUUUCCGUCGGUUCGGUUCCAGCAAUUAUCGUCGAGUCCACCAAUUUUGUCAACUUGGAGCCAUUUGUCAAGCUGUCAAUGCAACUCGACGCAGACGUUCCAGUGCUAUCCAUAAUGUCUGACUACGAUAUCCGGCUGGUGGGAAAUAAUAACUACCAGGUCUACAAAAGCAAAAAAGAAAGUGACUUGCUAUACGUAGGCCGCAGCGGUACGGAGAAUGAAUACACGAAAACCGACAUCAAACUUAUCAAAGAGAUAUCGGACCUCUUUGAGAGUGCCGGAAUUGACGUCUACAAGCUCAGCACCCCGGUGGAGUUCCUGUCGUACCAAUGGAAAUUUGCACUUCCCAAAAUAACUAUUGAGCCCUUGUCCAUAUUAUUUGAAAAGCCUUUUCCAGAUCAGCUCCAAGAACAAAUUUUGGCAAAACCCUUGAUCUCGGGGCUGAUCAAGGAGAUCAUCAGUGUCAUUAAGACCAUGGGAUGCAAGCUUUUCAAAAGCUAUGACAGCGAAUCCUCCAUGCUCCAACGACUGGGCCAAUUAUACCCGGUCGUUGACCUCAGCCCCGAUUAUUCGGAGGCCCCAAAACUGUUUUAUGACUUCUACAACCAGAAUGAAAUCUACCUGGACCUUCUAGUUUUGCAGCCGAUUCUCAUUGCAGAUGACUUCCACAUCAAGACUCCAUACUUGGAAUUCUUGUACGCGAUGAUGACACAAGCAUGCACCAGCAAUGUUUCGACCUUGGAGAACCCAACAUCGAUAUUCUGGUUGCGCAAAAACGCUGAAAAUAUCAGACAUCUGAAACUGCAGCAGGACGAGCUUUCAGUGAAAAACGCCUUGAAGGAGAAAGAGAUUGCGGAGUCGGAAAGAAGGCUGGCCCAGCCUGCAAUCCACUCUGCCGCGGCUCAUCCAUCUCCUCCAGCCUCCCAAUCAGACAAUAAUGCAUUCAACUUUGAAAAUAAGGAGUACAGCCAGCCUAAUAACCAAAGAUCAUACCCUACGAAUUCCCAACCUGCUGUGGCAUCCAACGGCCAAUAUGUAAAUGAAGCUGUUGCUCCGGACCAGAAUAUGGAAACUGAUCUUGAAGAGCUUUCCGAAAUGGCCCGUGCGUAUGUGAUUUCCGACCAGACGCAAAACCCUCAAGUACCAGCAGGCGGCUACCAGCCAAAACCUAUUCCAAACAUUUUUGCCCAACAGCGGGAAGCUCAGCAAGUCCAGCCACAGGCCCAGCCUGCGCAACAGUACCAACAGUAUUUCCCUCCGCAGCAGCAGUAUCAACAGUACUACCCGCAGCAGUAUCCAGUCCAAUCUGUUCAACCUGCUCCCCCACCUCAAGCGCAACAGCAGUAUCCUGCUCCACCGGCAGGCACAGAGUACUACAAUGGAUCGUCUUCUCCAUCUUACCUUCCCCAGCAAGCGCUUCCUCACGGGCUCCCUUCUCAAGGAUUGCCGGGGCAGCAGCAAGUUGUGGGGCAAAAGGCACCUGCUGCACCUGGAAGAAGGCAACAUGUACCAAUGUCUUAUACACAGGACAACUUAUCGAUGAUAUCUGGAAUGAAUGGCCACCAAUCUACGUACGAGGGACAGGAUUACUACGGGCAAAUGGCCAGGCAGCAGAGCAGACAAUUUAAACCUACAUCCAGAAAAAACCGCAAGUCCACAAACUUACUUAAUGGUGUCGCACUUGGAAACGACACCAGAGGUAUGCCAUCAAGACAAUCCAUGAUGCUCGGACCCUCUCAAAGUUCUGGCAUGAACAAUAUGCAGCAACCAUACCCUAUGAGGCAAAGCUCCUCGGGCACUUUGAACCAACUGACGAGGAGAAGUCAGACAUCUAACGGACUAGGGAUCAACGGGCCAUACAAGCAGCCAAAACCGCAGCAGCCACAGACUGCUCCACCUCAAAAACAACCUCAGCCUUUUGCUCCGCCGGAGUUUGCACAAGCACCUGCUGCCAUUACUACGGAGUCUACAGCGCAUCGCGGGUCUGGCUCUGGUUCCGGCUCUGUGUCUGGUUCCGGCUCCGAAUCCAGUUUGCCUGCUUCGUCUCAGGCAAACAACCUGGUUCCGGUCCCAGAAGCGACACCAGCUCCAAACACACCAGCAUAUAUUCCUCCGGCUAGGUCCGAACCAAAAGUUACCGAGAAAAAGAAGAAGAAGAGGGGUUUUUUCGGCAGGAAGAAGUGAUACAUUAUGUAAUUCCUAGGUUAUAUUAUUUAUACUUGGCAGUGCAUCUCGUAAUUUAAUUGAAACUUGUAGAAGUUGAAUAAGCUUCAUGUCAAGUGCUCGGCUGUCAAGGUUUUGGGUCUGGCGGGGCCCGAAAGCUUUUUACCGGUUUUCCUCAUUCCAGUCCAAGACGUCAGCUGUGUCUGAGCCUUUGGGAUACCCAUAUUUUUGCAAGAAAUUCCGCUCUGAGAUUGAUUUGUUCAAAAAGUAUUUCGCAUCCGAUUCCAAUGGCAAUCUGGACUUGUUCAGAAACUUGCACAGAUACAAUAAGAAUGUGCCAAAUAAAGAGCGUCUCUCACUGUUUGUCACCACAUUGAAACGCAACAAGCAGUUUUACGACUACUUGAUGCAACAAUUGAAUCCCUCCAAAACAUCGGAUGAUCCUGUAUCACCUCCCGCGGAAUCAGGGCAGCCAGAAACUAUUGGCUCUCUUUUGACGAAAGUUAAGGAGGUCCCAAAGGCUGAGCCAGAGCAAAGACCUGUAGCCGUUAAGAAGAAGAAAAAUAAUGCCUCCUUCAAGGAUCUCCUAAGUUCUAUCAACAAGAUCCAGAAAAAAGAUUCCUAUCACCACCAUGAGCUUCCCAGAAUGACAAAUUUUACCCCAAUGCCCUCGUACCGCCCUUUCAUUAUGAGCGUAGAUCAGGGUCCUUCUGAAGCUCCUACCGAGUUGGAGUCGUUUUUACAAGAGGCAAAGCAUCAGAAUGACAUGACGCAGGAACAAUUAUUCAAAAGCGUACAAAAUUAUGAGUGGGCUAGACAGCAGACUUCCAAGGACCAACGUUCUUUUGAGGCUGGCAAUUUCUUUACCCCUGUGCUUGUUCCAAAUACUUUUGUUCCAAGCAGUCUCUUUGCAGGACAAAACAACUCAAAUAUAGAGUUAUUCCCUUCCCUGACGUCAGAAAAACAGAUGCCCAAGGGAUAUGAGUUCAUGAUACUGCAUGAAAAUGGAAAAACAGAGAAAGUGCGAGAGUAUGAUCCUCACGAUUUGGAACCUCACAAGCCCAACGUUUCGCGACUAUUAUCCCAACUACGGUCACCAGAAGCUUACGUCAGACAUAUCAAUAAGCUGAUAGCUCAAAAUUGGCAUCUCCUAGAGGGAGAUUUAGAUAAACUUGUAUUCUUCAGGAAGAAAUCCACCAAGUUCUAUCUAUGGGUAAGAAACAGUCUGGCGGUGGUUGGUUUAGGCUUUCUCGGUAUCCUUGGCCUAAGCUAUUUCGUGGAUUCCGACGAGAUCACACAGCUCGCAGACUUCAAGGACGCCAGGAAAAACAAAGACAUUACAAUGACAUGAUAUCCCCAAUGCCUGUUUAUAUCGAUCUACAUAGCAGAUUUUUUCACCACAUUGAACAUCAACGCGGUCAAACUGCCUCUAUCCCCAUUCCAGUUUCUCAAAAGUUUCACCGUCUUGGGAUCGCGCAAAUCUGGAACACUCCAGCCGGUCUCGUAAACGUGGACUUCUUGUUUCCUGCGGAUUUCGAGCAGAUCUUGUCUUUUUGAUGCGGGUCUGCCUGGUCUUCUUUGUGCUCGGAGCUCUUCCAGCUCUUCAUCAUCGCGCGAAAUGAACUCCUCAAUGAAUUUCUGGAGCUCUUCAAGACUAAAUUGCGUCUUGGAACUAUAUUCCUCGUUUUCUGUGAUGAUUUGUUGGAAAUAUGUGACAAUCUGCAGCUCGUUAGACUUUUUCUCCUGCUGGGCAAGCUUUCGUUUUGCUAGAUUCUCCUCUCGGAGAGUUGCACGCGAUAAAAGUUUGGCUCUGCGGCCUUUGGGAUGCAGAAGCUUUGCAUUCUUGAGCUUCUUGUUGACGCUGGCGAGACUUUUAGGCAUUUUCAGUUCGAUAAAAAAAAAGUUUAGAGAUAAAAAAAGAUCCCGGCACAGCCUUGAGUGACAUUCCGUCCGGGUAAAAAUAA